AUGUCUGAUGAGGAGCAAAACGUGGGCGGCGAUGUUGCUGGGGCAGCGGCCCAAGACGGUGAGGAAAACUUUUUAUUGGAAACCAUAUUGGCUGAAAUUGAAAAGUUAAAAAAUGAGAAUAAACAGACAAAACAAGCACUUUCAGCAGUAACUGUUUGCCAGGGCGAAGCUAGUACUUCAAGUAAAAAUGCACCAUCUAGUCCAGCACAGACACCUCAAGUUGUGUAUGUUUCCCGAGAGCGUAAAUACAAAAGUUUUCUGGUAGUCGAAAGGCAGAUGAAGAUACAGUGGAGAAUUUUGUUGACAAUGUGAAAAGUUUGAUAUCAGCUAGGAAAAUGACCCAAAUUGAACAAACAGACUUUGUGUUAUCACUGUUGGAAUCAUCCGCGAAGGAAGAAGUCAAAUUGCGCCCUACAGCCGAACGUGACACUUGGCGAGCGGAGAACCACACCACAGUUACUAAAGUCAUUCUACGAACGAAAGCAAAAGGAUACAGAAACCCUGAGGAAGUUCUCGCAUGCGCUGUGUGA